AUGAAAUGCCAGAGAUACCUUGUCUACCCUCUCUACGCGCCUCCUUUUGCUUCCUUUCUUCCGCCUCGCUGUCGCCUCUAUCAAAAAAAUAAAAGUAGCCUGGCAGUAGGACAGAGGCUGUCACUGCAGCACAAGCGAGGCACAGGAACCGAUACUUCUGCAGCCGACUAUCGGCAUCGCGAUCUCUGUAACAUAGCUCUAUCAACCCAUAUAAACAACAACAACUUCACCUUCACAGCAUCAAAAGCUCACCACCUCCAGCUUCUCUUCUUCCCCCGUUCUCUUCUUCCUUUCUCUUCUUCCUCUUUGCUUCUCUUCUUCGCUUCUUCCACUCACGGCCAGCCUGAAUCUGCCGUCCUUUUUUCUUGCCCUCUUCACUCUUCUUGUCUUUGUUCCAGGCGGUUCUUCUUGCAGCUCGCAAAGCUCUUCCAGCUGUCUUCCUCUUAUCCAGAUAACUACGCCCUCCUGAUUAUCCUGCUGCUACUGCCUCCUCGAUACGUGCGCUUAGAAUCUCUCUGGCUGCUUGUUCCUGGUCAGUUUGCUCUCUUUUUCUCCCUGCUGGUGUUGUUUGUCACAAGCGAAGACAGACACACUCAGACACACUCAGACACACACUCAGCAGAUAGCAGACAGAUAGCAGACAAGAAGAAGCAUCAGAAGAAGAAGAAGAAGAAGAAGAAGAAGACUGACUUUUGA